UGUCUGUGCAGAAUUUCGCCGUGCUGACGAAUGAACAGCGCCUUCUUUGGCGGCAAGUCGUCCCAGCGCACCGUGUCCAUGUCUGGACGCGGCAGUGCCUCGGCGCCCGGCAGCGCUUCCGGCUCCCGUGGUGCCUCGUCCAAUGUGUCGUCUGCCGCAUUGAUUGAGCAGCAGCAGCGCGAGAGAGCCGAGCGAUCCGCGCUUCGCCAACGUCACGAAGCCGCCGCUCGCAUCCAGAAAUGCUUCAAACGGAUGCGCGCUGCGGCGGGCGCUCGACGCCAACUGCGAGUCGAGUUUGAUUGGGCUUUGUCUCAGUUGCACACUGUGGACGCUGGCCGCGCAGCAUUGGAUGACACCAACGCUCCCACCGCCAUGUCCAUCGACACCCCCGUAUUGUCAAGUAACCAUGGACUGCCAGGCUUCAAUGCCAGCACUCAACCUUUGCCGUCCCCUCGUCAGCCAGCAGCCAUCCAGUCUCUUCUCCCGCUAAUCCGCAGGCUGGCCAUCUUCCAUUCGUUGCGUGAUGCAUCUGACUUGAGUCGUGUCGAGCACCUGGCCGCCGAGUUGCUUGUAUGCCUUGAAUCUACGACUUUCAAACAAGACAAUGCACCUCUAUUGUCGUCCAAGGCAUUCCUCCAAUCUCUCUUCGUUGCCAUGAAGCAGUUUGCAGUCAUCGUCCUGAAGCGCCUCACCUCGCCCAAGGCCAGCGUUUCGGUCUUGAGCUUUGGAUUCCUGAACAUGAUCACGGAUCCCUCCAAAUGGCAAUCGUUUUCUGCGACUCCGGAUACAGCUCGAGAUGCACACGAGGCACAUCAAUCGCUUUUAGUCAAAUUGCGAGAGAACAACAGCUUGGCCAUUCUCAUCAAUCUGCUCUUGCUUGCAACUGACCACCGCAUCCAAGAACCUGUCGCAGCGAGCACCUUUGCACUGAAAGACCCGGUGCCAAUUGUGGAGGUUCUUGUUCGGACCCUCCCUCCGGCAAGCAGCGGCCUCCCAUUUUUGCUGCGCCACCUCUUCACCAUUCCGUUGCUGUCCACUCGCUUGAGCGCGACGCAGCUGGCAAUUCUGUUCCGGAAUGUGACACUGCAGUCCAUGUUCAGCGUCGCGAGCGUGUCUUUGUCCGUGGAGCUUGUCGAAUCGGGAGCCCUAGAGCCGGCCAGCCUUGCAGCCAUCAGUGGCAACCUGGCCGAGAUUGUCAACCAUCCCAAGUCGUUCGGAGGAGAUGCUUCCUCCCCUGCCUUCAUCCAAGCCGUGUAUCACUACACGGUGCUGCAGUGUGCCAUUGUGAGCUACUUGCCGCACGGAGCGUUCGGAGCCGCCUUUGAAGCUGAGCUCGAAAGGAGCCACUCCGCCUCCAUAGACUCUGACGACGAAGACAACGAUACCUUCGAGGAAGAGCAGCAACGUCGCCGACGACUUUUAGCGUCUGGUGCAUCAGCCUCGACUGGACCUCGCACUGUGCCUGCAUGGCAACGUCCUUCUGCAGCAGCUACUUUGACUUCUCGUCUCUCCAGGGCACCUGCUCAAGCCCCACCCGUUGUGACAGCCGAAGCGCGGCGUGCCGCAUCGGCCGACUACUUUGUUCGUCAUCCACUCGAUGCACGCCUGUGUGCGCAGUUGCUAAACCUGGGGUAUCGGUCCCACUUGCGGACCCUCUUCCAGUUGGCAACAGCGACGCUGCCUGCAGACUCCCAGCAGGGUUUCAACGGCAGCAUCAUGCGUCUGCAUGCCGCCUGCACCUUGGUCAAUCUACUAUUGCGCCGAUCUGCUGCUCUGCGCCGACUUGUGCUCACAGGGAUGUUGUCUCUCGGCGCGGCCUUCCCAGCGCAUAUUUGGCGAGUUCUUCACGCCUCUGGUGCCCUUCAAACGUUUGGCCAGCGCACAUCAUUCACUGACAUGUCCCAUUUGUGGAUGUUGCAAGCCGUGUCGACGUUCGCCGAGCUCUUUUUGCAAAUCCUCACCACAAUGGACGACGAAGAGUUCAUGUCCGGUUCCUCAUCGUCGGCCUCCGUCCGCGCUGGCGCACUGGCACGAGAGCAUCAACCAAUCCAACCACAUGCACCGUCCGCCAGUUCCUCUGCAAUUCCCAUGGCCAUAUCGCCAGCCAACUCGCGCCGCGAGUCGAUUGACACCAGCUCCAGCAGCUCUCGGAUGCCCUUCUCGCCAGCCGAGCUUGCCGUGCUGAGUCAGCAACUGACAGAGCUGACUGUUGCACUCUACCUGCCGGAACAGGCUUCCCCUGCGCAAGGGACGGAUGACCACGCUCUGCGUCGUAUCCUGACCCUACUCACGCGCCACUUGUACGAUCGGGAUGCGCGCGUGCAUUUCGUCGACCCGCAGGUGUGGCGCCCUGUGGAUUUGCACAUCUCCCCUGAAGGCAUGUCCGUCGCCAGCUGGUAUGACGUUCAACUGGUGGACGAAGACAGCCAUGCUGCAGACCAGCCGCCUCCUGCAAGCUCCUUUCCCGCCACUUCCGCUCCCGGCACGUUCCCCGCCAUGUUUUCCACGACCGAGUACGGCGGCUUGAGUGCCAUGGCAGAUGUGAGACACGGACCCGCGUCUGCUAGCUCCGUUUCUCCGCAAUCGCCCAGUGUGACAAUUCCGCUUCCUUCCUUUGGCACUUCAACGGUGACCACUUUGGCGCAACUCGCAUCCGGCGCGUCGCAGCCCGUUGCAAUGGCUUUGCGAGGGCCUGCGACCCCUGUCACUGGAUUUUCGAGGCCGUUCGGUGUUGCAAUGCACUACCCUCAGAUCCGUCGCCAACGCCAGCUCGCCAUUCUCCGCAACCUCCCUUUCACGGUUCCGUUUGACACCCGCAUCCAAGUUUUCCGCGCUCUUGUGUCUGACGAUCUGGGCCGAUUGGAAAGCGGCGAUGGCAGGAUGUUUGGCCUUCAUCUGACGGUGCGUCGCGCCCAGAUUUUUGAAGAUGCCUUUGCGACCAUCUUCCCCACACGAGAUCAACUCAAGCAACGCCUUCGAGUGACAUUCAUCUCCGACAUCGGGACGGAAGAGGCGGGCAUCGGCCAAGGUGUUGUCAAAGAAUUUCUUACGGAAGUCAUUCAGCAAGGCUUUGCGCCCGACACGGGACUCUUCCUUGCCACCUCUGAUAACUCCCUCUACCCCAACCCAUCCGCUGUGGACGCUCGAAGCCAGCGGUUGUUUGAGUUUUUGGGCAUGAUGCUCGGCAAGGUGCUGUACGAGGGCAUCCUGGUCGAGCUGCCGCUGGCGCGCUUCUUCCUCGGCAAGUUGCUUGGCCGCCAGAUUUACAUUAACGACCUGGCGUCGCUUGAUCCGCAGCUGUACAAAAACCUGGUCUUUGUCAAGCAGUUCCAGGGCGAUGUCGAGGAGCUUGGCCUGGCCUUCACGGAGACAGAGUCCCAAGGUGGCUUUACUCGCGAGGUGGAUUUGAUUCCCGGAGGCAGUGGCAUUGCCGUCAACAACGAGAAUCGCAUUCGGUACAUUUUCGCCAAGGCCCACUACCGCCUCAACUCGCAGAUGCGUGUUCAGUCGCGCGCCUUCCUCCGCGGUCUUUCGACCAUCGUUCCCACCGACUGGCUGCAGCUGUUUGACCAGGACGAGCUGCAGGCCUUCAUUUCCGGCGGCGAGGGUCUUGUGGACAUUGAAGAUUUGCGCGAGAACACGGUCUACCAGGGCAGCUACUCGCAAACCCAUCCCACCAUUUUGAUGUUCUGGGAUGUCGUGCGUUCGUUCGACCACGUCCAACGUCGAGAUUUGCUCAAGUUUGUGACGAGUUGCUCGCGCCCUCCACUCCUCGGGUUUUCGCAUCUUGUUCCAAAGUUUGGAAUCUCACCGAGCGGCGACGGCGACAGCCCUGAUCGCCUCCCAAGCGCAGCAACGUGUUUCAAUCUGUUGCGACUUCCAGCCUUUUCCUCUGCACAGACCCUGCGUGAGAAGCUUCUCUAUGCCAUCGAAGCGAACGCUGGUUUUGAACUGAGUUGAAAGUUUGCGUUUCGCUUUUGUUCAUGUACCAUCAAUUUUUUUUUUUUUUGUAUCAUAUCGUCUCGUCAUUACAUUUUCAUCUUGUU